UUGGGAGUUAUUUUGGGAGGGAUUUUGGUUAGAUGUUCUGCUGGACCCAGUCUGUGUUUCUUGGUUUUAGCUUAGCUGGACUGGGAGGCUCUCAUGGAGAUCAACAAGAAAGAGGAUAACGGAGAAGAUGACACCACUGGCCCUGAGGGGGAGAUGACAAAGGAGGAUGUUUCAGAGCCUGCUGAAGGGGACGCUGUCCUGGGCUGCCGAACAAGACUCGCUUCUCAUCAGCGGCCAGUUAUCCACCAGGUGGCCUCUGCACCGAUGCCCAGUGACUGUGAGUUCUCCUUCUUUGACCCCAGUGAGCUGCAGUGCAGGGAGGUUCUUCUGGAUCCCAGCACCACCAUACCAGAGCUGUUUGCUGUCCUCAGGCAGUGGGUGCCCCAGGUUCAGAAGAACAUCAGCCUCAUUGGCAAUGAGAUCCUAAAGAGAGGCUGUGGUGUGAACGAUCGAGACGGCCUGACAGAUAUGAGCCUCCUGCACUACUGCUGCAAGGCUGGGGCCCCAGGCAUUGGUGAUGCAGAGACAGCAGCCAGCUUUGCCCACCAGCUUCUUGCCUUGGGUGCUGAUCCCAAUCUUCGCUCACGUUGGACUAACAUGAGGGCCCUGCACUACGCUGCUUAUUUUGACGUGCCCCAACUUAUCCGUGUGGUGCUACAGGCCUCCCAGCCUGGAGAUGUCGAUGCUACCUGCAGUGACUUUGAUUUUGGCACAGCCCUUCACAUUGCUGCAUCCAACCUGUGCACAUCAGCUGUCAAAUGUCUGUUGGAGCUGGGAGCCAAUCCUGCCUUCAGAAAUGAAAAAGGGCAGUGUCCAGCAGACGUGGUGCCUGACCCCCUCGACAUGCCCUUGGAGAUGGCAGAUGCAGCUGCCAUGGCUAAAGAGCUCCGGACUUUGCUGAGACAGGCUUUACCCAGACCCAGCUCCCCUCUGCCCCUGACUCUGCAGGCCCAGUCCCUUCCUGGUCUCUCUGAUAAAGCCAGGAUACAGCUAGCCACCAUGGGAAUUCGGCUGGGUGACCGUGUGGUGAUAGCCAGACAGAAGGUGGGAACCCUGCGAUUCUGUGGCAGUACUGAGUUCUCUGGAGGACUUUGGGCUGGAGUGGAGCUGGACAAACCAGAAGGAAAGAAUGAUGGCUCGGUAGCAGGGGUUCAAUAUUUCACCUGUCGAAUCACACAUGGCAUUUUUGCUCCCCUGUCCAAGAUAAGCAAACCUUCAGAAAGGCUUAAAACCAGCACCACAAAGACGUCUACACCCAUCCGCCCCCCUCGUCGCAUUGACUUGUCCCGGAUCACUUCCAAGAUUAACACAGGUUUAUCUCUCUCUGUUAAAAAAACACCUGAUAAUCAAAAAUACCCUCCUGGUCCCAAUCAAGAAACAGAGGGAGACACCUCAGUCAUGAAGACAGGUGUCCUCUCCCGCUCUCUGUCCUCUUCGUCCUCUUCGCUGGACUCUCGUCAUGGCCCGGGUAGCCGACCUCGUCCACUGCUAAGACAACGCCUCCCCGCUAGGCAGCGACGGGAGCGAGUUUCCACGAGUCCCAGAAUGACGCCCUCACCGGCGCUCCGCUCUUCUACAGGCACCACAGCACUAACUGCUGCAGGUCUUCGAAGCCGAACUCCCUCAGGUAGCAGCUCCUUGUGUGAGGGCUCUGAGGUGCGAAUAGGGGAGAGGGUCCUGGUGGUGGGUCAGAGAACUGGUGUGGUCCAGUUCUAUGGAAAGACCAGCUUUGCUCCAGGACUCUGGUUGGGCGUUGAACUGGACAAGCCAAGUGGUAAAAAUGAUGGCUCAGUGGGAGGAGUGAGAUACUUCAGCUGCCCACCCAAACAUGGAGUCUUUGCUCCUCCCUCUCGUGUUCAAAGGAUCCAUGGAUCUGUUGAUUGCCUGUCAGAGCUCACUUCCUCACGCCUCAGUCAUCCUUUCACUGGGACAAUUCGUCGCAGUUUCAGCACAUCAACGGCCAUCGCCACUGCCAAGGAUACGAGCAGACGAAGCGCCGUUAACAGGAGUCGUUCCAAUCCUCCCCGCCGACGCUGGAGCACCCUGAGCGGCGGUAGUGGCAGUAUUCCUGGAAGCACGACAGGGUCGAGUCCCUCACCCGGUUCUGACGGACAGGUCCGCCUCCAUGUGGGCAUGCAGGUCCUCCUGAGCAGCGCCAAUGAGAUGGCGUUCAUCCGUUACCUGGGCACAGCAGACUUUGCCCCAGGCCUUUGGCUGGGUCUGGAGCUGCGAAACUCCAAGGGCAAGAACGAUGGCUCUGUGGGCGGGCGCCGCUACUUCACCUGUCGACCUGGCCACGGCGUGCUGGUCCGUCCCAGCCGCGUCACCUAUCGUGGCAUUAACGGUGCACGCUUGGUGAAUGAAAGCUGCUAAGGCCUAGAGCAGGGGUGUCAAACUCAUUCUAGAUCAGGUUCCACAGUCGGCCCAAUUUGAGCUCCAGUGGACCGGACCAGUAAAAUCAGAGCAUAAUAACCUAUAAAUAACAACAACUCCAAAUGUUUCCUUUGUUUUAGUGCAAAAAAGUACAUUCUGAAAAUAUUCACAUUUAAGGAACUACCUUUUUACAAAACAUCAUGGACAAACUGAAAUUUCUUAAGAAAAAAAAUAAAUUUAAUUUCUGCAACAUUCAGCCUCAGUUUAUCAUUUCCACAUUACAGCUUCCAGAUCACAGAGUGUCUACAAAGGAACACAACAUUUAGUCACAGCUGUCUGGAACUGAAUGAUCUAGUAUUUUACUUUAUGAUCAAAGUGACAAAAGUCAGACAAAAAAACAACAAAAACAAGACAAAAUGCUUAAAAAAAUCUGAUGCAAAAUGACAAAAACGGGACACAAAACACCAAAAAAAUGAGACAACAUGAAACAAAAAAAGACAAAAAAGUUACAAAGUGACAAAAAAAACAGACAAACGACAAAAACGAGACAAAAAUAUUAUACAAAUGACACAAACAAGAACAAAAAUGACAGAAGCGAGAAACAAAGCAACAAAAAAGUACACGGCACAAGCAAGACAAAAAAACCCACAAAACAACAAAAAUGAUACAAAACAUCAAUAAAGCAAAACACAAAAUGACAAAAAUAAGACAGAAAACACAAGCGAAACUAAAAGGAGACACAAAACGACAAAAAUGAGAAAAAGACAAACAUGAGACAAAUGACAAAAGUGAGACAAAAAAAACACAACUUGUCAUGGUCUAGAAAUUAUUUUUAAAUCUACAAAUUUACAAAUUGCAGUUAAUGUCUACUCUGUGAUUUUUACACUUUACAAAGUCAUCCAGCGGGCCGGGUUGAACCCUCCGGAGGGCCAAGUUUGGCCCGUGGGCCGCAUGUUUGACACCUCUGGCCUAGACGAAGUGGAGGGCGUGGGUGGGUUUUAACCUUGUGUUUAUGAUGCACUUAAAGCAGGAGUUUUAAGUUUAAACUUCUCUAUCUUUUUGCAUUGCGCAUUAACAAAUCUCUCAUUCAUGAACUCAGUCCUCUGUACUGUUCAGAGGUAAAACCACUUACUAAGUGUGGUAUUUCUUUUUAAAUUUACGGGACAAAAAUGCACUUUAUGAAUUUGUUAACAAAGCUUGUUUUGGCAUUGUGUGUGUGUGUGUGUGGGGGGGUGUCUUAAUUAGACAUAAAACACUGCACUGCUUUUAAUCUGAUUGCACUAACAAACAUCAAUAUGAUAGAUUAGGAUAAGAUAAAAUAGAUGAUAUGGAUGUGCACACAUGCAAAAACUAUUUCUAUACCCAAAGCUAAUAUUGAUUACGUCAAGUGAGAUUGUCUGCCCACCAGCCAGGACACAGGAGGAGGGGAUGUGGUCGGAGAUGUGUCCAGAGUCACAGAACAUGUUGUCCAUCCGCUCACAGCACUGUGCUAUGCUGAAGGACUGGACAUUUUGGAGGCAGGAGAGCUGCCAGAGCCUCCUCCGUGUUUCUGUCCUCUGCUUCCUGCAGCUGCUGUGCUCAUGUGUUUGGAGUACGGCGGUGCACUGGGAGGGCUGGCAGACGGCUGCAACCUCUGGUCCUCCUCCAGCAUCUUUUGCUAAUGUAGUCUGCAGUCGAACCAAAAGUGAGCAUGCGUUUAUGCGAGAGGGUGCGCAUGCAUGUGUAUGUUAAUUAAAGCACUUUUAAACAGAGACUGAUUUUUACCAGAGUUGUCUUAUUACUUAGAUAAUUGACGGAUGUUGAAUCACAACUGGAUUUUCACUUUAUGAGUCAGUAUGAAUUAAGUAGGAUUUAAUUAAGCUCAGACCUCCAUCAGCCUCCUUUAAAAUGUAACUGCAACAGACGUUGUUUCCUGCUGUACAUCAGUCUCUGUCACAGGCUGUCUAUUAAGUUGACACAGAUGAAUGAUGGUGAUACCGUGUCAUGGCAGAGCAAAAAUACUACCUAUUACCCAGUGGGAUAUGAUUCCAUUGCUUGGAACAGACUGACACUGUUGAGGCAGUGAUGGAAUUUAGACAUAAUAUCACAUCAAAUCAGAAAUUGAAGGUUUGCGUCAUAAGUGCUUUAACUUCAGUUGGGAACACACUUGAUGAGCGAAAGCCUCAUUUUAAACCUGAUUUGUCCACGGUGACUGUCUUUUACAUUUAUUUUUUCCAGAAUUGUGGAAAGUUUCGUUAGCUUCGCUGUGACUGACUGAGAAUUCAAACCUUUUCUCCUUCUGACUGAGUAUUAGAUCUGUCAGAGCUGUCACUGGCACAUCUUCAGUUUUCAUUAUAGCCUGAUGUUGGACAAAUCUCACUGUGAUUCUGUACUUUAAACCGGUUACUAUCAUCCUGAAUUGGGUAAUUUGCAAAUUGGGACGUUAGGAGUUUAGAAAUCUUCUUGUGUGUUCCCAGCUUUGGUAGCAACCUUUGAGUAAAGUCAUGUCAUUACAUUUGUUGGAUGGGUCAUAACUGUAUUUGAUGCUUAAAGCAGCUUGACGCAGGAAAUAUGCAGUGCUGAAGUUUAAAGAAUAGAGUUUGUGAUCCGAUUAGCGGCGACUCGACAGACAACAAGUAAUUGAUUGUGCAUGUGGGAAACAGGUCCAGUAUUCAGUAAAACACUCAUGUACCGUCCAGUGAGGGGAGUGGACCACAACAGUAGCUGUAGAAUCUCCUGUGGCCUUCCCUCAUUGAUCUGUCUGCUCAGGCCCUCUGUGAUUGAAAAGCAGCGGUGCUCAGAGCCCAAGGUUGUCAGAAAUACCUGCCACAGAUGAGAUGAGGGAGUGGAAAAAAAGACGUCUUUCCAAAUUCUUAUUGAAACAUUUCCAUCAACACUUAUUUUUCUUUAAAAGUAGCUUCUCGGUUACAUUCAGGCCGACUCUUUGAUGAUUUCUGUAACAUUUGUAAGUAUUCCACAUUUCACCUAUAGAUACUCUCAUGGUUUGAUGUAUCUGCAGUCCUAAAUGCUGCAUGAGUGAAUCUUAAACUGAUUGGUAUGAAAGUCAUCUGGUUCUGGUUUCUUGUGUGUAAUUAUUUUCUUUAUUCAUGGAUUUCAUGAUCUGUGUAUUUGAAGAGUGGGAGUGUGACAGAAGGUUUUGGUCUGAUGCAUUUACAUGCUGUAUAAAACAACAGUAUUUGUACAAACAAUAAAAGAUUCUAUUAUAAUUUGA